UCUAGUUCUAUAAAGAGAAAUACUAUUUCAUAGACUAUUUUUCAUUCUUUUAGUCUGAUGUAAUCUAAAUAUACAAGUUUGAAGUAAACCUGGCAUUGCAGCGGCACCGGCAUCAAGACUAUAAAGUAGUGAUUAUUGUAACAACAAAAAGUAGACUACUCACGCAUUGUCUUGGUGCCGACCUUUUGAAAAACGUAGAUUUAGCCUCAGCUUAAGUUUUGGAUUAAAUAGAUUUUUUAGAGCACAAUGACACAAGCCAUUGGUACUUUUCCCAUGCUCCACACUUUCAUUCUCAGCUUGUAACUGACGUCACACCAAGGCCACUACUUUGGGCCUAGCCUAGCUGGUUGCGCUAGGGAAAAAUCGUCUGUUAAAAAAGAUAAAAUGGCUAGUUUUGUCAAAGAUUUGAUGCGUCAAUAUGAUGAGGCAUAUCCACAUGCUGACCCACGUACUCGAAACUGGUUUCUGGUGUCAGAUAGCCCUUAUCCAGUAUGGAUUAUAACAUUCCUAUACCUGGCUAUGGUGGCUUUGGGACCACGUUUAAUGAAGAACCGCAAGCCAUUAUCUUUACAAUGGUUUAUGGUCAUCUACAAUCUGGGACUUGUUGGUCUCUCCAUCUACAUGUUUGUUGAGAUAAUUCUCAGCAUCUGGGAUGCAGGAUAUGAUCUUGUUUGUGCCAACUACAAUAAAGACUCUAUAACAAAUCCUAAAGAACUUAGGGUAGCCAAGGUGCUAUGGUGGUACUUUUUCUCUAAAGCUAUUGAACUUUUAGACACUGUAUGUAUGAUAGCCCGGAAAAAAUUUGAACAAGUAACAUUCCUUCAUUGGUUUCAUCAUGCUAGUAUGCUGAACAUCUGGUGGUGGACUAUGAUGUUUAUACCAGGAGGAAUGUCUUGGUUUGGUAGCUGCAUGAAUUGUUUAGUACAUGUAGUCAUGUAUUUAUAUUAUGGUCUUUCCGUCAUCCCAUCUCUGAGGAAUAAAUUAUGGUGGAAACGUUACAUUACACGUUUUCAACUACUCCAGUUUUGUAUAACCUUUACUCACACAGUCAAUUCCAUCCGUGUGGGUUGUGAUUUUCCACGCUGGGGUCAAAAUUUGUUGGCAUCUUACAUGGUUGGCAUGCUCAUUCUUUUUGGAAAUUUUUAUAUGCAAGCUUAUAUUAAAAAAGAUAAAAGCAGGCAAGUUGUAUCCUCCAGUAGCCAGGAGAAUGUCAGUGCCUUCAAAAAGAACAAGCUACAGCACACUAAUGGACAACUUAAUGGACAUGCCCAGCAUAAAAAGGGAGAAUAAUCUAGUCAGGUUUUAGUUCAAGCUUAGUGCUGCUUAUAUCAGAAAUUAUUAUUAUUAUUUUUGUAAACUUUCUUAGAAGACAUAGUAUUUAAUUUAUAUAAUAUGUACCCAAUAUCUUGUUUUAUUAGCUUGGACAUUGUUAUUUUGUUAUAAUUAUGCUUGUUAGGGUAUGGAGUAAUUAAUCAUGAUGUGAGCCAACAUCAUUUUAAAAGGUGCAUACAAAAUGUACAUAUUCAUGCACUCAAUUUUAACUUUUAGAUUAGGAUUAUUUGUUUGUUUACAUAAUUCUAUAACUGUUUGCCCCUUUCAUUGUACAUGAUUUCAAUGUUUAUGUCAACUUGUCCUUUCAUUACAUCCUUAUUAGCUCUGUUAUCAUAGAUAGUAGUAUUUACUCAAACAAAUGCCUCUACUAGUGAGGAGUAGUUAUUCACUGAUUGCUUUCUAAGCUUUAUGUUUAUCUCAGUUUUUCACUUUCAGAGUAAACAUUACAUUACCAGGGUAUAUAGGGUUGGUAAAUGUUAGGAUUUAGUAUCACUUGUUUGUUGCAAACUGCAUGAACAUAUGUUUUUUUUUAAUGCACCCACAUGUCAGUAUUAGCUGUACUUCAUUUUUUUCAUGAUCUUAUUUGUUAAAUUAACAUCCUAUUUAGCAAUAUGGUCAUUUUCUAUCAAGUAUCUGACAAUGUCAUCAAAAUUUUAUUUUAUACACUCAAUUGUACUUGUUGCUUAUUAGUGCUGGAGUAAGAAAAUCUUUCAUAACAAUAAAAUAUUGGUUAAAACUAGUGCUACUUCAAUAAUACUUUUAAGUCAAUGAUUGCACAAUGUUGACAUUUUUGUAUAUAUAGAUUAAGACUUGCUUUUCAAGGCAGAGUGACUUAAGUAGCAUUGGACCUAGUCAGGCUAGAUGUGUUCAGUUUUCUGAAACAAAUAUAUUUGGCAUCAGGAUUACUGCUGUUGUUACCCAUGAGAUUUUUUUUUUUUUUUUUAAGUUCAUUUAGUAAAUGUUUAACACAGCUUAACUUUAUUCCAAUGACACACAUGAUAUUUAUAACAUGGUAGACCUGCCAUGAAAAGAGUGCUAAGCCAAAUAUGAGACAUUUAGUUAAAUCUGCAUUUAUUUUAUUUAGCUUGAGCUGCUUUCAGCUUUGUAAGAAGUCAAUAUUGAUUUAUUAAGGUUUUUUUUUUUUUAAUUCCUAUACACUGUAAUAAGGAGUGAUCAAAAUGUCUAGUUUUACUGACUCAAGGUAAAACUUGUUGCAUUUUUUAUUUUUAUUAAAGCAUGUUUCUUAAUUCUUUAGUUCAUUUUUUGUCCCAUUGAUUAGAUUUAUAUAUUUUUUUAAUAUGGUUUAUGUUAUUGAGUUUAUUUAUGUCCCUAUCAAUAAAUAAUUUAGCAAAAUAGACCAACAGAAAAUAAAAUAAUAAACAUAUUAUAAAAAGUCGAAGGUUUUCUCUAAUGAACUCCAUGUGAAAAUAAAAAUGUUCCCAUAAGUCUAAAUGUAACUUUUCUUGUUUGUUUUGUUUUAACUAAUAUUUUCCUUCCAUUUCUGCCUGAAACAUCAGCUUGUGUGUGUGUGCUAAACAAAGGUAGGAAAACUCCUAAAAUUUGAAGCCAGAAAAGGGCACUAUUAUUUUAUUGUUUAUACUAAUUGGUAAAAUCUUUAACAAAAUUGUUAGCGUUCAUUACCAUCUAUCAUUGUGAAAAAGGAAAAAGAAUUACACCCUUAAAAGAUGCUUUGUUUUUAAGUUUGAAAGAAUUAAAUAUAUUUGAUUGUAAAAUCUCAACAUCGAAUUUAUCUCGUACUCAACAAAUAGAAGGGCAUAUUUUUAGGUCAUACCAACUAGCCCAUGAGAUUGUUUUUUCUUUUCAAAUUGACCAACAUAAGCUCCUGGCAAGCAGACUGGUCUAAAAGUAUGCACUUGUUAAGAGAGUUGGUAUGUUUUGUUUUUUUUCCCCAGACUUGCUGCACUGUCUUUGAGGGUUUUUUGUUUCUAAGCUAUUUGUGUAGAUUAUGUGCAAUAUUGGAUCUAACACAUCUAAGAAAUAAAUGAGAUGUUGACCUCUUGCUAAGUGACUUUUUUUGUGUGUGCAAGCUAAGAUGUUUGCAUUUCAUGGUCCUAGUGAUUGUUUUCACCUGUUUUAUUGUAGUUGAACAUUUCAGUUUCUACAUUUUUAUAGACUAAGAAAAGGUUGUUUUAAUUGCUGCUAUUUUUUUAAGCACUAAUGGAUAUAAUUAAUUAUAUCAGACUAAAAUUACUCAGGCAUUAUUAAAAUUUCUCUACUCUCAGAAAUCUUUUUGUUUUUAAUAAAAUAUUUUGUCUUCAACUAUUUCUUAUGUACCAUUCUGUGUUUAUUUCAAUCCCAGUGACUUGUAAAUUAUUUUCACUUUUGGUUGUAUUGAUCUCUGUGUGCAGAUGUCAUCAAGUAAUCACUAUGUAAGAACUAGACAUUAUUAAAUGGAUAUGACUAACUUAGAGGUAAAAUAGCAAGCUGAAUGGGGGUAAACAAACGUAGUCAGAUGUUAAUUGAUCAAAGCAUGAAAUGAGAUUCUUGUUGCUUAUUUAUAAGGAGUUGCAAAUACAUGCCAUGCUCUUGUAUUUAUUCUAGAAUGCCAUAGCUGUGACCUUAUUCUAUAUGUCAAUGUUAUUUGAAUGCUUGUGGAUAGUUCCAGCACUGUACCCAGUGUUUGGAGACACAAAGCUGUAUACUCAGUUGAUCUGUAUGUUAGUGUUAUCUGACAGCUAUCUGUAAACAUUUAUAAGUCUAAUAAAUACUUACUUAUUUCCUUCUUUCAAAAGAUUUUAUGUUGUUUCUUGUGUUGUGCACUUCUAUGAGCAAUUAUACCAGUAUUAAUCUUCUCUUGUUCAAAACCUCCUAUUUACUUGUGACACUACAGAAUUGAGUCUUAGUUUAUAUGGGCUUCAAGGUAGACAGAGAAAGAUUUUCUUUUGAAGUACUCUUGUCUUGUUGACACUGCUUGUUAUGGAGACAUGGUAUAACUACUGUAACAUUUGUUGCUGAAAUACAAAACAAUUGGAGCUGGGCAUUGUCUUAUUUUUAGAUCACUUUUUCAUUUCAAGCAUGUACACUUUACUUUCAGGAUCUGCUCAAAUAGUUUUUGUCUUUUUUUUUUGUCAAUUGUGCUUGUUUGCAUAAUAGGUGACCAUUGAUUGCAUAACUUAAUCUAACAGUACAUCAAUAAAGUUGCCAAGUUUUCCCAAA